UUCAAUCUAGUCUUCUUUGGUAUAGACAGUUUGUGGUCUUGAUUACAAAAAAGAGUUUUUUAGAAAAAAAAUAAUGUUUGUCCAAAUAAAAAUGAAACAGUACUGUUGUGUUUAAUUAUGAAGAACUUUCAAAUUACCAGUUUUUGCCAAGAACAUAAUAUUGGCGUUUCGGAAAUAGGAAAGUAUAAUAUCUGAGUUUAAGAGGUUGCAGCAAACUACGCACCGAAGACUGUCAUUUAUCAAAUCCACGUGCCGUACUAAGUUUCUAUUCACGGCAUAUGUGUACAGUAAUAGUUAGCGAAUUCGUACGUUUUAAUGUAUCUUGCCACAAUGAAUUGUGACGAAAAUUCAGCAUGUGAUUGGAAGGAUAAUGAAUAUUUGGAUUUUAAGGAACUUGAGGAACAAAUAGCACAAAUUGUUGGUAAUGGAAAUCUGGAAGAAAUGCUGAGAAUACAAUUGUCAGAAGUGGAAAUGUUACAAUCCAUGUUCUCAAAUCCAGGAGAAUUUUGCGUUUAUGAUUAUAGUGUGAUAGCUGAUAUCAACGAAUUUGUUGAUGGCAAAUGUUCGAUUUAUCCCCCUCGAUUAGACUUUACCAUCAAUUUAUUCAUGGAUAAGGCAAAGCUGGAAGUGUGCAUUAAUUUGCCUCAUGAUUACCCUGCUAGUGAACCAGAUAUUUAUGUCCGAAGUGACAAGUUGGAUCGAAACCAGCAGCACAUCUUAAACAGUGAUUUAGCCAAUUAUAUAUCUACACUUGAAAGAGGAGAGAUUUGCACAUGUUCAGCAAUAUCAUGGUUGCAGGAAAAUGCAUCCCGAUACCAUGUUGAAUCUGCAAAACCCAGGAAAGAUGUAAAUCUUAGUGAUGAAAGUGAUACGUUCUUUACACGAUACUGGAUUUAUUCUCAUCAUAUUUAUAGCAAAAUUAAAAGAAGGGAGAUUCUAGAUCUUGCAAAUGAGUUCAGCAUUACAGGAUUUUGUUUACCUGGAAAACCAGGAAUAAUUUGUGCAGAAGGAUUGGCUGGAGAUUGCAAUGAAUGGUGGCAAAAGGUUAAAUGCAUGAAUUGGAAAAAAAUAAUGUGCAAGAAAAAGGAAGUAAUUAACUUAAGUUCAUUAAGUGUGAAUUCCCUUCGCAAGUUCUCUGCAUUUCAAGAAAUUUCAUUUGAAUGUAGUCAGAGUAAGUCAAGGGAAUGCCAUAUGGAUAUGGGAGAACUGUAUCGCUACCUGACUGAACAUAAUUGCAGUUAUGUCUUCAAAGACUACUUUGGUGUUGAUGGAAAAUGCAGCAGCAACCCACAGCAUUGAAAUAUGAGGCAUAUUUUGCUUAACAGCUUUCUGAUGUAUCAAACAAAAGUAAUAAAACUGUUACCAAAUGUAUAAAGCUGUUUCUAAGUUAUACUACCACUAUGCUUUCUGUCUGUAAAAACUUUAGAUCUUAAGGGUCAUUAACUGAGCCAAAUAUUUGUAAUUGGGGAAAUUAAUCAAGUGAUACAAUUAAUUAAAUGUAUAGAUUAACUAUGUUCUUUCAUCACUAACUGAUUGAUCACACAGGUUAAUUGGUCAGAUUCUGAAUAUAUUGUUUCAUAAGUUACAGAUUCAGGUGAUCAGUUAUGUUUUUCAGUACUAUACAAUGACCUUAAUUUGCAUAUGCUCAAAGUAUGAAAUGGAUAAGGAGAUAAUGUAAGGUAUAUAUUUUUGUAUUUUUAAUUUGUACUUUUUUGGUUCAGUACUACCUGGCAGCGAAAGGAGAAAGCUUAAUACAAACUUCAUUACUUUUUUAUAUAAAAAUGUGUAGCUUCUAAUGUAACUUGUUGCACUUGUGUCUUUCAUAUUUGCAGUUUGGUUUGUAAUGUUGCUCAGAAAUUUCAAGUACUGCUAGAGUAUAAGAAAGUACAUACACCACUGGUUCCCAAAUUAUUUUCACCAUUGGAAGAAUAUCAAACAAAAUUCCAAUACAACCCUAAUGAUGUACAUUGGUAACAUAUAUGAUUCUUCUUGGUGCUAUAGCCUUAUUCAAUUCUUGGCCUCGUCUGUCAGAAGUUUUGUACAUUCUUAAUAAGAUUGAGAGUAUGGCUCCUUGGAUGGAGAUUCAGACCAUCUCAAAGCUGCUUGUUCAGGACAAAAAUCACAAAACAUACCCUUUUUAUUAAUAAGUUAAGAUUAAACUUGUGCAUUACCAAUUUGUUUCUGUGGAUACCUAAAUACAUCUCAGAUUAUUUAAUGGUGCACAGAUUAUAGUGUUGACUAGGAUUAUCAUGAAUGGUGAGUAGAUAUGGAUUUGGAAGGAGAUGGUUAUAGCCUGUAUCUUUCAGCUUCCCCCCCCGAAGUAAUAGAAUAACCACAGAAAACCUGUUAGGAUAGUGGGUGACCUGGCUAUGAUUUGAACUUGAUACCUCCCAAAUAUAACCCGUGGGUCUUUGCCACACCAGGCCACUUUAUGUGAGCACCUAAAAUCCUGUUCACCAAACACCUUAGUUCUACAGAGGAAAGACUCAGAGCCAGUGGCUUGCAUUGUUCAUUUAAUCUCAAAUGACAACUCUGUUUUAAAGAGAUAGUACAUUAACUUGACUGCCACUCUUCAUAUCUUCCUGUUUUGUAAGUACGCAUUUUAUCUUGCCUUACCUAAGGCAGUUUUAUACAUUAUAGUUUGUAUUCUUUAAGUACAUAAUUAAGAGGACUUAUAUGAUUAUGCAAGAUUAAAAAUGGAGGCAAGUAGGGAUUUUAUUUUGUAUUUUUAAACCUGUUGACUAUAUGUAUGUUUUGAAAUUUCCGACUUAAUUCAACUUCAUUCACAACUGUUAAGAUUAAAUGAACUCAGCCAUAAAACUCUUCAGUAGUUAAUUCUUUAGAAAGAAGUUUUGUCUUGAAACAUAAAAGAUUAGUAAUGUAUUUUAUUAGUGUUGAGUGUCUGUUUCAGACUUCCAAAGUGCAGUUUUGUAUAAUUUUGCUUAUAUUAAAUUCAGCAUUAAAUGGGUGUUUAUUAUCAGUCUACUUCUUACAUUCUUUGUUAUCAAUAGCAGACAGACAGUGGGUUCUCCCCUUCACUAUUUCCAGAUAGUUUUGUUUCUAUGUGUAUUAUGUGCAUUUCUGCACACACAAGUGACUGAGGAUUGCUUACGCUACCACAAACACCAACAUUACCUGAGGAAUCCAAAGCAUCCAGAUAACUCUGACAUCACUAGCACCAUUCAGUGGUAAAUGUUCAAAUUAAUCAGAAAUGUUACAAUGUAUAUACAUUUUCUAACUUAUUUGUGGAGAUUUGAAGUGUUAUACUAAAGUAAUAACUUUAUGUCCUUAUGUAACAGAAUGCUGUUUUACACAAAAAAUAAAUAUUAAAGUUGUGACAUUC